AUGGAGGGCGGCACGUUUCCGAAAGUGGGCUCGCUCAAGCUCAACUUGACAGGCACGCUCACUUACGGCCAAAAGGAUGCCAAGAUGGGAGAUGGGGAAAAGAAUCGCCGCACGGACGUCAAGCCAUUCGACGACACAAAGCUCGUGCCAAUGGAGAAGAUCGAGUCGAAAGAGCCUGACAUGCGAGUGACUCUUGAAGUCAAGAUGAAAGAGGGGCGCAAGCACGGCAAGCCGAUGGGCCUGAUCAAUGGAACGACAUAUGUCGCGCCAAAGACGCCCACGAUGUUGACCAUGACGGCGAAGAACACGACGAAUCCGAUGGAUGCAGGCACGUAUGGACACAACGUGAAUGCAGUGACUGCACCAUACAAUAGCAUGGUCGAACUGACGAUUUUGAACUUGUCGGAUGAUGUGCAUCCGUUCCACAUGCACGGGACCAAGUCUCAGGUGGUUCACAGGGCAUACGGAACGGACGGUAAGAAGCCGCAGGUUCCCAAAGUCGAAGAGCAAGAGAAUCCGGUUCGAAGGGACACGGUGGCAGUGGAUGGAUUCGGGAGUGUAACGAUCCGAUUCGUCGCGAGCAAUCCAGGUGCGUGGUUCAUGCACUGCCACAUGGACUGGCAUCUAUCUGCAGGCCUGGCGAUGGAGAUGGUCCAAGCGCCAGAAAAGGCAAAGGAGGUCCUGAAAGUGCCUUCCUACGUGGAAGAACAAUGCAAAGUAUGGAAGAAGCAAUCAGAUCAAAAGUUGCGAGGACCUUGA